AUGCCUCGCAGAAGAAACGACGUAGAAGAUGUGGGGAUGGAGGUAGAUGCCGUGACAGACAGUGAUGCUGAUGAGGACAGGAACAGGAGAGCCCGAGGCAGAAAAGCCAAGCCGCCUCCUCGCAGACGGCAAGCAGAGAGCGAGGAAGAGGAGGAGGAGGGCGACGAGGAGGCGCCCAGGAAGAGGAACCGCGGCAGGAAGAAGAAGAACGACAGCGAGGAGGAGGAGGGGAGCGAGGGAGAGGGGAAGAAGAAAGGAGGAGCAGGAGGCAGAAAGAAGAACAAAAAAGAUGAGGGGAGCGACGAGGGGAGCGAGGAGGAGGACAACAAGGGGAACAACAAGAAGGGCGGAAGGAAAGGAGGGAAAGGAGGAAAACAGGAGAAAGAGGAGCAGAACGGAAAGGACAAGAAAGGCGGCAAGGGCGGUAAAGGCAAUGACAAAGACAAGGACAAAGACAAGAAGGAUAAGGACAAGAAGAAGGGGAAGGACAGCUCCUCCUCUGGCAGUUCGGGUUCGGACGACGACUCCUCGAUGUCGGAGGGAGAGAUGGCCGCCCUGAAGGAAGAGGUGGAGGAGAAGAAGAAGAUGAUCGCCACGCUGAGGAACAAGCCCUGGCGCAUGAAGAGGAGGCUCGUCAUGCUAAAGGAGUGCCAAGCGUUUGUGGAGGAAUUCGAGGGAGCGCUGGGGAAGGGCAAAGGGAAGAGACUGUAUGCCUUCAAGGUCAUGAUGGCUAAGAAAUGGAUUAAGUUCAAAAGAGACUUUGACAACUUCAAGACUGCCUGUAUUCCCUGGGAGCGAAAGAUAAAAGAAGUUGAAAGUCACUUUGGCUCCUCAGUGGCAUCGUACUUCAUCUUUUUGCGAUGGAUGUACGGCCUGAACCUUAUUCUCUUUGGGUUCGUGUUUGGACUCGUCGUUAUCCCUGAGGUGUUAAUGGGCCUGCCGUAUGGAACCAUCCCUCGGAAAACAGUCCCCAGAGCAGAGCAGGCUCGAGCCAUGGACUUCUCUGUCCUCUUCGAAUUUGGUGGCUACUGCAAAUACUCUGUGCUGUUCUAUGGCUUCUACAACGACAAGAAGACCAUAGGCCUCCUGCAGUUCAGGCUGCCCCUCUCUUACCUGCUCGUCGGCGUGGGCAUAUUUGGGUACAGCCUGAUGGUGGUCAUCAGAACCAUGGCGAGCAACGCCAACCAGGGGGGUGAUGGCGGGGAGGACAGCGCCUUCACCUUCAGCUGGAAGCUCUUCACCAGCUGGGAUUACCUCAUAGGCAACCCGGAGACAGCAGACAACAAGUACGCCUCCAUCACCACCAGCUUCAAGGAAUCUAUUGUGGAUCUGCAAGAGCAGCAGAAGGAUGAGAACAUCCACCUGCGGCGGUUCCUGCGUCUCCUUGCCAACGUGCUCAUCCUCUGCACCCUGGCAGGAAGUGGAUACCUCAUCUACUUCGUGGUCAAGCGUUCGCAGGAGUUUGCAGAGAAGGACGACGAAGACCUUACGUGGAUGGAGAAAAACGAGGUGGAGUUUGUGAUGUCUCUGCUGGGCCUGGCGUGUCCACCCCUGUUUGAGACCAUCGCUGAGCUGGAGGACUACCACCCUCGCAUAGCGCUCAAGUGGCAGCUCGGACGCAUCUUCGCUCUCUUCCUGGGAAACCUCUACACCUUCCUGUUUGCUCUGUUUGAUGAAGUUCAGGCCAAGCUGGAGAGGGAGAAGGACAUCAAGAACGCCACGUUGGUGGCUCUUAACGAGUACUACUCCAACUACUCCAUGCACCACAACGUCACCACGGACAUCCCCCCGCCAGAUAUCGACCCCGCUGACGUCAUCAGAGGACCCUGCUGGGAGACCGGCGUCGGCAUAGAGUUUGUGAAGCUGACGGUGUCGGAUAUCCAGGUGUCCUACCUGACCAUCCUCAUCGGUGACUUUCUGAGGGCUGUGAUAGUGCGCUUCCUCAACUACUGUUGGUGCUGGGACCUGGAGGCUGGAUUUCCAUCCUAUGGGGAGUUUGACAUCAGUGGCAAUGUGCUUGGGCUCAUUUUCAACCAGGGGAUGAUCUGGAUGGGAGCGUUCUACGCGCCGGGCCUGGUGGGCAUCAACGUGCUGCGUCUGCUGAGCUCCAUGUACUACCAGUGCUGGGCCGUGAUGAGCUGCAACGUUCCGCACGCGCGCGUCUUCAAGGCCUCUGGCUCCAACAACUUCUACAUGGGCCUGCUGCUGCUGGUGCUCUUUCUCAGCCUCAUGCCCGUCAUCUACACCAUCAUGACCCUCUCACCCUCCUUCGACUGCGGACCAUUCAGUGGUAAAGAGAAGAUGUAUGACGUGGUGAUUGACACGAUAGACAGGGACCUGCCUGACUUCAUGGGGACUAUAUUCAGCUACGCAUCCAACCCCGGACUCAUCAUGCCCGCUGUGCUACUCAUGGUGUUGGCGAUCUAUUACCUGAAUUCUGUGUCAAAAGCGUAUCAGCAAGCAAACCUGGACCUGAAGAAGAAGAUGCAGAUGGCGCGAGAUGAGGAGCGUAACCGUAGAAACAACAAGGCCAGCACCAACCAGGUGAUGAAGGACCUGGAAGACUUGCUGCCCAACAGGGGGAACCUACCCCCACCUGAGGAGGAGGAGAAACCCAAGGAGCCCCCCAAGGAGGAGGAAGAAGUGAAGUCUCCGAAGCCGAAGAAGAAGAAGAAAAAACAAGUCUCUGAAGACGAGGAAGAAGAGGAGGUUGUGACCAAAGAGCCAAAAGGCAGGAAAGGGGAAGGAGGUGACAGAGGAACCUCCCCCGGACCAGGCAAGGGGAAGAGGAGGGGCUCCUGAACCAGGAAGAGGAGGGGCUCCUG